AUGGAGAGCAUAUCUACCUUUUUGCGCACAUACACCGCCAACCUCGUGCGCACGCUGACCGGCCAUCGGAGGGGAAUUGCCUGCCUUCAGUACAGGGCGCCGCUCAUCGUCUCGGGCAGUUCGGACAACACCAUCCGCAUCUGGGACAUUGAAACCGGCGUUUGCUUCCGCGUGCUAGAAGGCCACGAUGAACUGGUGCGUUGCAUCCGCUUCGAUUCCAAGCGUAUCGUCUCUGGCGCCUAUGAUGGGUAA